AUGCGUGAGUUGCGUGGUAAUUCAGAAGACAGCUACAAGAUGUUGUAUAGCUACUUGCACAUGCUAGAGCAGGUUAAUUCCGGAACAACAACAAAGGUGGAGUUGGAUGAGGCAGGAAAGUUCAAGUACCUUUUCAUAGCUUUAGGAGCUUGCAUUGAAGGGUUUAAGGUCAUGAGGAAAGUGAUUCUUGUGGAUGCAACGUUUUUGAAGAACGGAUAUGGUGGUGUACUAGUAUUUGCUAAAGCUCAAGAUCCUAAUCGUCACCAUUAUCCCCUCGCGUUUGGGGUACUCGACGAUGAGAAUAAUGCUAGUUGGACUUGGUUUUUUGAGAUGCUGAAAACUGUUAUACCAGACUCGUCUGAAAUAGUAUUUAUGAGCGAUAGGAAUCAGAGCCUCAUCACCGCUGUAGCAAAUGUGUAUCCACAAUCUCACCAUGGCCAUUGUAUAUGGCAUCUAGCUCAGAAUGUGAGAAAUCAUGCUUGUAACACCAUCAAAGCCGUAGUGGCAUGGAGAUUUAUGGAGUUGGCUAGGUAUUACACAUUGCAUGAGUUCGAGUCUGCUUAUGCAUCUUUUAAGGUGAGAUAUCCUUCAGCCUUCAAGUAUUUGGAGGAGAACACUAAGAGAGAAACAUGGGCUAGGAUGUAUUUUCCAGGUUGUAGAUACAACUUGGACACUAGCAACAGUGUGGAGUCGAUGAAUAGCGCGUUUAGGGAUGCAAGGAGGUAUGCCUUGAUACCACUGUUGGAUACAAUAAUCAAAAAGAUUUCUGACUGGUUUAAUGAACAUCGAAAGGACGCCGUGUCUGGAUCGAUUGAUACUAAACUGGUUCCUCUGGUUGAGAUCCAUUUGCACAACUUAUGGGGCAAAGCUGAGAAAACGCCAGUGCGUGAGCUGAAUAGUUAUGAUCUUGAGUACGAGGUAACCGACACUGACGAUAGGAAGGUUUAUUUGGUGAACUUGAUAGCGAAGACAUGUAGCUGUAAGGUAUAUGAUUAUGAAAAGUAUCCUUGUCUUCACGGACUUGCUGUUUACUUAUAUUUCCUUGAGGUUCCUGCUGCUCAUGGUCGUCGACGUGAGGUCAACAUAGAGUAUCAUCAGUUGAGCUCACAAUAUUACUGGACAGAUCUUUGGGCAAUGGCUUAUUACAGGACCAUUUAUUCUGUGCCGGAUAAGUCUAAAUGGAAUGUACCAGAUCACAUCAAACUGCUCCAGAUCAUACCUCCAAAAAAGCUAACGAGGAAGGGAAGGAAAAAGGUUAAUAGGAAUCCAUCAGUUGGAGAACGGCGUAAAAGGACACAAAAUGUAAGGCGACCGAGGACAAAUUUCGGGUUUAGUUGGCUGUUGUUUGGAAUGCGUACUAAUAAUCCAAGUGAACCUAAUAAUCCAAGUGAACCAAACAAUCCAAGUGAACCGAACUAG